AUGGCUAUGGAGGAAGAAGAGCGGCCGAGAAAAAUACAGAAGAUUGACCGUGACGAACCCGAAUCGUCCCUCAUGGAUGCGGAACUGGGUCCUGUCAUGACUGGCGCCGUUGAGGCCGGUGAAAAUGAUAUUGCCAGUGAAGAUGAGUCGAGAACGGGAACUCCUACGACAGGCAAUAAGGAUGUUACACCAGACACUAAUGAUGGAUUGGCUGGGAUUCCGGGAGCCACUCCUGGGAUGUCGAAGAAUCAAUUGAAGAAGCUACGGCGCAAACAGAAAUGGGAAGCGGAGCGUGAUUCGCGCCGAGCGAAGCGGAAAGAGAAGCUGGUCGCAAAGAGAGAAAAGAGGAGAGCCGCCGCCAUCGAAGCGGUCCAGAAUGGUGCCCCAAAGCCAGAACCGAAACUGAAGCUGAAACAUCUCCGGUCGACUCUACUGCCCAUCACCUUUGUCAUCGACUGCGGCUAUGACGAACUCAUGCUGGAUAAGGAGCGCAUUUCACUCGCAUCCCAGCUGACACGAUCCUACUCUGAUAAUCACCGGUCACCCUAUCGCAGUCAUCUCGUUAUCUCGUCAUUCGAUAAGCUUCUCAAGGAGCGUUUUGAAACCGUGCUCUCGAAAUCGCAUCUCAAUUGGAAGGGUGUGCGUUUCUUUGAGGAGGAUUUUGCUCAUGUGGCCGAGAAGGCAAAUGAAUGGAUGCAGGGACCUGAAGGAGGCAAAUUGGACGGCGUUCUUGCGAAACACGCAGACAUGAAGCCCGAAGAUGGAGAGGUCAUCUACCUCAGCAGUGAUAGUCCGGAUACCCUCACGGAGUUGAAACCGUACAGUACAUACAUUAUUGGAGGAUUGGUGGAUAAGAACCGACAUAAAGGUAUCUGUUAUAAGACAGCGGUGGAAAAGGGCAUCAAGACAGCCAAGCUGCCAAUCGGCGAAUACAUCCAGAUGGCGAGUCGCUCCGUGUUAGCGACGAACCAUGUGGUCGAGAUUAUGCUACGAUGGCUGGAGCUGGGUGACUGGGGAGAGGCUUUUAUGCAAGUCAUCCCUAAAAGAAAAGGUGGUGUUCUGAAGGGAGAAGCGAAUAAAUCGGAAGAGGGCAAUGAUACCCCGGAGAGCAAACAGCCGGAGGAGAGCGUGGACCAGGAACAACCUUCCGCUGAGCAGACGACAGAGUCCAACUGGAAGGGCGAUCCAUGA